GCGGAGUCAAUACAAACAAGUGUACCGUCGAGCACGUUAUGUAUAUGAGCGGUAUAGGAUGACAGCGGCCGCCAGUAGUGCUCGGCUUGCGCACAAUACUCGUGUAAUUCGAGGCCGAUGGUGCAUACUCUUUAACUCACAGUAAAUCUGUACCGUUCCCGCGGAUUCGGAUAAUGACGGUUCUGUGCAAUUUAUCGAAUCUAGAAUUUAAGUUCAUAAUCAGUUCAGUGAGCUAAUAUCGCGAGUUCAUCAGUGCCACCGACAUCAUCUAUUAAAGCUGAAAGUUUAUAUGAUAAUGUGAUUUCGUGUGUUCUGAUAGCAAAAGUGCGUAUGGUUUAUUUUUGGUUUCAUAAAUUCUCAAAUUGGAAAGUCGAAUUCUAGCAGUAUUAUAAUUAUUUGCCAUAAAAUAUAAUAAUUAAGAUGAUCACAGAUGAAUUUCGUUAGCCGAAUAUUCAGAAUGCCUUCGUAUAGUGAAGAAAUCAACGUGGACCUCAAUUCUAAUGAGGAUGGUGCUUUGAAGACUGAAUCUAGAAAUGGGAAGAAAGAAAGGAGAAAAAUGUCGACGGAAGUGCCACCGAACAGUGCCCCGGCCGGGCUGAGCGCGGAUCAGCGGUUCGCGUUCUCGCUGAGGGAUUUCCUAGGACCGACGAGCGGUGGCGACGUGCUGAGCACUGGGGAGCCGUCGCCGUCGGCCAUCGGACAGAUGUUGCCAUUCAUCGACGAGCAUGUCGACACGGAGGAGGCGCAGUCUGACGAGGAGCAGGUGCAGUGCCGGGACACGGAGGAGGUGCUCAACAACGCCGCGUGCCGGCUGCGGAGGUGGCGCGCCGCGUCACGGAAGCUGCGCCGGCCGCGGAUCAUAGACAACCUAUGUGAUAAGGAUGGUGGCAAGUGCAACAAGGUGGCGCACACGGACCUGGCGGACCGGCUGCGCAGCCUGGCGGCGGCCGGCAGCGUGUCGGCUUCGGCGGGCGAGCUGGCAUCCCUGGCGCCGCCGCCGCCUGCUGCCACCGCGCCGCCCUCGCCAGGCUGCCUGCUCUCACCAUCGCUCGCUGACCAAAGCUCUGCUGAAUACUUCGGUUCAAGCCCAGAAUGCUGCGCAGACACUGUGGGCAUAGAGAGCAGUAGCGCGGCGGGUGCGCCGGCGCCGCCGCCCGGGCCGCGUUACAAGUUAGCCACUGAAGGCACGCUGCGCGUCUGCUGCUUCCAACACACGCGCACCGUCGUCGACAAGAUACUAGCUACCAAGUUCCUGCGCCGCUGGGAGACGCAUGUCUUAUGCUUGGAUGAUGAUCAGAUCCUUUCUAAAACUCCGUCGGGAGUGUUGGACCAACCACUGCCACUGAGCGGGAUGCAGGAGGUGUACUGCAUCACCCGCUGGGACCCUGCUAGGAAGUACUGCCUUCGCAUCGUCAUGUCCCUUGGUUCGCUUCUGUUGCAGGCCAAUGACGCUUACACAAGGGACCAAUGGUAUCAUUCCAUUGUAUGGAAGAGAAAUAUGAUAAGAUACCGCAAUUUCCUCACUAAGAAGUAUAAGAAAGAAGUCGUCCUGAAAGAGCUGAAGAACAUGGUGGACUUUGUCAUGACAACCCCAUUACAAGAUGAGAGCGUGACGCGUGCGCCGAUGCAGAUUCUAACCGAUCUUCUUUCGGAGAAAAAAGAGAGCCCCGAUUGGGAAGAAUGGGCAGAGAACGCAACGAAUGCAGCGGCCCCACUGUUAGCGGAGCGCUGCGCCAAUGGCGAGCUGUGUGCGUUGCUGGCGCGGUUGUGCCGGCGGAGACCGCGCGCCGCUCCACUACCCGCGCUCGCUCCGCCUGUGCGCCGUGUCCUCACCCGAAACGUGGACUUCGCAAGGGCACCAAACGCUCGACAGCUUGUUAAAGAUUACAUCAGUGCCCUGAGUGCGCACAACUCAGGGCCGGCGCUGGUGCGUCGGUUCGUGGAGGUGACCCACGGGGGCCGCGCGUCGUGCCCGCACCCCCGCGCCGCCCCCAACCUGGCCGCGGUGGCCCUAGCGGCGCUGGAUGACCACUACCGCCACAAAACUAGCCCUCACGUCUGCGACAAUAAAGAGGACGAAGUCCUAUGUUUCGCAGAUAUCCUAGAACACAUGUGUGAAUACGAAGAUUGGUUGGUGAUCGUCGGAGGAGUGCUGCAGCCAGUACCACUCUGCGCUGGUGCUAUGGCGUGUCCACGGGUAGCCAACAGGCUGAUGAGCGUCCUAAACGCGUUGGCGCGAGAUUCCCGAUGCGCGGCUCAUUCGUGCGUGGCCCCUGCGCGGGCAGCACGGCCGUCGCCUCCCUCGUGGCUUAGAGCUGCCGCCCCCUCCGACCCGCUCCUGGCAUUGCCCAACCAAGAACUAUGUCGUGUUUGGGGUGAUAUGAUUGGAAGUUUGCUUAACUGUUGCUUUAAGAGGAAAAGCUUUCUACAGAGUAUGAGCAAACAACUGCCUGAUUUUGUGUUGGUUGCCUUGACUGAGCACCCGGCUGCUUUAGAGUCCCUAUGCCUAAUGCUGGAAUGGGAGGUGGCAAGUGGUGAACAAACUCAGUUGGAAAUUAUUGCGGCACUCCAAGGAACAGAGCAGGGUCAGAAAUGCUACAGAGAGCUUUGCGAAAGACAACAGAAUCUGCAGAGAUUGCAAUCAGAAGGCGGUCCCCGCCAGCUGGCGCUGCCGGUGCGCGCGACUGAUGAGGACGUAGCGGCCCUAUUAGAGGCGGGUGCGCUCGGCAACCUCGAGUGCCUUUCCCUCGCCUUUACCAGCGUCACCAGCGCCUGCGCACAUCACCUCAUCAAGCUGCCAUCACUUCGCUACCUGAACCUAUGGGCGACGAAGUUCGGAGACAGCGGUGUCCAGUUGAUAGCAGAACACCUAACACGGUUGCAAGUCUUGAAUCUGUGCGAAACGCCGGUCUCCGAUAAGGGUAUUGAAGCCCUCUCUGGCUUGUCUAGCCUAAGGAGGCUGAAUUUGAACAGCACCAAGCUGUCAGCCGAGGCGUUUGAAAUUCUGCGCCAAAGACUACCCCACCUACAGGAGUAUGACAUCCGCUACACCGAGGCGUGGUGACGGCGCCCCCGCGACCCCGCCUGACAAUCACAACGUACCAUCACACGAUCUCAAAGCCACUAACCAAUGUAGUAUCUCGUGCCUCCACACCGACGUUACUCUUUGUAGAGCAACCAGUAAAUUAUGCGACAUUGCUGGCGUUACUCAAAAAGUAACUACGCUGAGGACACACCAUGAGAAUAAAAAUGCCACAAACGUUUUACGUGCGAGUAAAUUUUGUACUGAAAACCAGUGUUCCGUAGAUAGUAAAUUAAGUGUAAUGUACAGAUAACACUAUUAUUUCACAACAAACAUCCGCUUACGUACAUACACAUGGCCCAUGUUUGUUUAACAAGCGAUUCAUGAAUCUGUGCAAAUUUAAGCCGCGAGAACGCGGGGCGAGUGAAGUAACUGUGGCAUCAUAUUACUCUACCUAUUUAUUAUACUACUAGAUCUUAAAUUAUUUCUUAGUUACAUAGUUGGAGAUGUACAGCGGAUAGUAUUAUAUUUAAAUUACCUACUUGAAAACUAUUAGUAUUGUUAAUAUAGAAUGAGUAAGGAUUUUGGGCUGUGAGAAAAAGAACCAACACUCGAGUUUAUGAUGGAAGCAUUGUAGGAACUUGGUAUGCUCUCAUGACACGUCUGCGAUUUUUUGUUUUAUUAUAACGGCGCACAGUAAGUUAAAUCCACAAAAUUAUUUACAUGUAGGUACUAUUAAUUUGAAUAUAAUACUCUAAAUUAUGAAAUUGAGAAGUGUUGUACCUAGUUGGAGGCAGAUUUAUUCGACCUACUAUAGACCCACUCACGGAAUAGAAGAAAGACGUUGGAAGGGUCAAGUGAGCGCUAAACACGCGCCAUGCAAGUAUGAGCAAAUAGUUCAUACUUCAACUUUGUACUCCACUCGUCUGCAAACUUUACGACUACUCCAAUAGAUUACUCCAAUACUCCAAUAGACUGGUUACGAAACUUACGACAAUAUCGACUAUCGUGCAAGGAAAAUUAAAAACCUUAGUAUGAUCGUGUAUUUAUCAAAAAAUACUUUUUAUGCAGUAUCGUACGAAAAGUAACGAUAAAAUUGCAGUCUAUCACAUAAAACAUAGAUUGUCGGUAAAGUGGUUAUGGGAUUUGAGAAGCAGUAGAGCUAUCGUAGUAUCUGUUUGCAGAGAGCGAGGUCGAACCCGCGGCAGCGGUUCUCAUACAAAAUGCGCGUUUGGGCUUUUCCAACCUAUUUCUUCUAUUCGGUGACCCCACUUAAUAAUGAGUUUACUGAAUGUAAUGUAACACAAUACCUAAUGUUUCAGUCGUAUGUAAAGAAAUUAGAAAAUAACCUAAAUAUAAUACUAUGAACGCCAAUUAAAGGGUAUGAAUAUGGAUAUGUGUCCAUAUCAUAUCAUUAAGUUAGGUGUAAGAAUUGGAAUGUUUUAUUACUCUUUGACAAUAUACCCAAUGAGUAAGCACAUAGGUGCACGUGUGUGUAUGUUACUGAACUGAGUUAUUGUUAUUCAAGUUAGUGUUAUGAAGAGGUACAAGACUUAUCCACAUGUGUAAAGUGUGCCAGUUUUUAAUAAAAAGUAAUUUCAAGAA